AUGGCACCGCCGCCGCUGCUCGGCAGCACCGACCUCUGGCGGCCCGUUGCCGCCGCCCGCGGGGGAGGCUGGGCCACGGCCGCCGCGCUCCUCCUCCUCCUCGCCUCUCACCUCGCCGUCCUCCUCGUCCGCCGCCGCCUCCGCGGCGGAGGCCGAAUCGCGCAACCGGAGGCCGCCGUGGCGCCCGCGCCUGCCUCCACGCCCCCCGGUUCUGCCUCAGGGAUAGAGGGACUAGUGACGGAGGGCGAUCUGAGGCAGCUGGUGGACAGCCUGGGCUUGGACGCGCGCGAGCCAGAGAGGCAGGGCUGGGAGCACGUCAUCUCCAAGAGCAACGACGACGUCUCCUACAAGGCCUGGUGCGACAAGCCCGCGGCUGGCCCUCCUAAAUAUCUGAGUAUUACAACAUACGAGAGAUGCUCGACUGAGCAGUUGAGGGACUUCUACAUGGAUAACGAGUACAGAAUGGAGUGGGAUAACACUGUCACAAAACAUGAGCAGCUGCAGUAUGAUGAGAACAGUGGAGUGGAGGUAGGGCGAACAAUUAAGAAGUUUCCACUUCUGACACCAAGAGAGUACAUAUUGGCAUGGCGAGUCUGGGAAGCAAAUGACAAGUCUUUCUAUUGCUUUAUCAAGGAAUGUGAACACCCUCUUGCGGCACGGCAGAGAAAGUUUGUUAGAGUGCGACUUCUAAGAUCAGGAUGGUGUAUUAGGAAAAUCCCAGGCAGGGAUGCAUGCCAAAUCACAGUGCUGCAUCAUGAGGACAAUGGAAUGAACAUAGAGAUGGCAAAGCUAGCCUUUUCCAAGGGCAUCUGGAGCUACAUAUGUAAAAUGAACAAUGCUCUACGUCGGUAUCCUCAGCAUCGCAGUCCAUCACUGUCGAUUCUGACCAUGCAGAAACUUAUGAAGAAGGAACCACAUAACUUGAGUAGACUGUUAUACUAUCUUGACCUGCUCGUUCACGAUCUGACAAAUCUAAGCCUGUUUGCAUAUCAGUUUCCCCAGGACUUGGAGGCCGCAGAUGCAAGCCUUUCUGCUUCCCAGAAUACUGCAGCAUCGGUCGUUCCUUCAACACCGACGGCCAGGACAUCACCAUGCAAGCUUCCGGGGAAGAAGUCGUCUCGCCAAAUGAUUGCGAGCGGGCUUCUGCUGGUUGGAAGCAUCGUUUGUCUAUCUCGAGGCCGAUCCAACCUCGGGGCGCAGCUCGCGAUGGCCUUCUUCUUGAAAAAGGCCUUCAAGCAAGAGAGGGAAUCAGGCUCAUCCACAUCAAGGACGAAACCAGACGUGACUAAUGCAGGCGGUAGCCGUACUGGUUUGACCGUUUGA